UCUCACAUAUUCAGUCCUUGGUUUUAGUAGCUAGAGCCAAGCGCAGAGACAUCUAAAUAAUACAACUAAAAUGGACAAGAUCGAGAAUAAGGGAGUCAUAUCUGUAACGAUCAUAUCUUUCUUGGUGCUGUCUGGGGUUCUAGGCGGCCUUUCUACUGCAUCAGAUGGCCCUGAUUGCAGCACAGGUUGCAACUUAUGUCUUUUUGCCAUGGUGGCUGGCCCGUGGUGGGGUACCGGGUGUGCUGCAGCAUGCGCGACAGGGUGCUUUAUAGCUGACCGGGUUAAUAAUAAUUCUCUGAUCAGUAUCCCCAAAAGUGACGAACACUACUUCUGCAACGUUGGAUGUGCUUCUAACUUUUGUUCCAGUUUCUUGGCUAAACCAAAUCCAGAGCUAGAGAAAAGAUGCGCGAAUACUUGCUCAGAGACUUGCAAGACCAAGAAUACUUUACCUCAUGAGUAACUAUUAAGAAGGACUAGCUUUUAACAACACUAUUUGACAAAUGAAUGAAGUGCACCCUAGCUAUUAUGUAAGACUUAUUUGGAAAUAAAAAUGAAUUUCAUCU